AUGUGGUCACCCAGACAAUCAGAGAGGUCAAUAGGCCGAAUAGUUAUUGCACAUCCGAGCGAAGGUGAAAGAUAUUACCUUAGGAUUCUGUUGUCAAAAAUCCGUUGUCCUAAAUCAUAUGAUGAUUUGAAAUUUUUUAAUGGACUCAAAGUUGCCACGUUUCGAGAAUCGGCGUUGCUCCGUGGAUAUUUGAUUGAUGACAAUAGUCAACAGUUGUGUUUGCAGGAGGCAUCCAUUUUCCAUAUGCCAUAUGAGUUACGAAGACUAUUUGCAACCAUCCUUGUUUACACGUGUCCAAAUAAUCCCCGCCAACUGUGGUCAUCUUUUGAAGACAUGAUGUUAGAAGAUCUUGUAAAUUCCAACAAAUACACACAUAGAGAGGCGAGAAAGCAUGCGCUACAACAGGUUGAUUUCUUCCUUCAAUCAAUUGGAAGGCAGCUUCAUGAAUUUGAUGUGCUACCCCAUGAUUUUUUGUACAAUGAUUUACAGGAUGAAACAAGAGAUAUUAGAGCAGAAAAAAGUAUAAUUGUAUCUGAGGCUGAUUUGAGAGCAAUAGAAAACUUGAAUGAAAAACAGAGAAUAGCAUUCAAUGAAAUUAUUGAAAGAGUCAACUGUAAGAAAAGUGGAGCAUUUUUUAUAGAUGGACCAGGAGGUACAGGAAAAACUUUUUUGUAUAGAGCAUUGUUGGCAAAGAUUAGAUCACAAGGUGACAUUGCUCUAGCUACUGCCACAUCCGGUAUCGCUGCAUCACUUCUUCCUGGAGGCAGGACAGCUCAUUCAAGAUUUAAAAUUCCACUUGAUUUGGCAGAAGGAUCAACCUGUAGAAUUAGUAAACGAUGUUCCUUAGCGACUUUGAUCAAGAGCUCCAACCUAAUAAUAUGGGAUGAAGCUCCAAUGGCGAAACGUUCAGCAGUUGAAGCUUUAGAUGACUUGCUACGGGAUCUUAUGGACUCAACAGAAAUUUUUGGAGGGAAAGUAGUUGUUCUUGGUGGAGACUUUAGGCAAACACUUCCAGUAGUACGGAAAGGAACUAGAUCUGAAACGAUUGCUGCUUGCCUUACAAACUCUCCGCUAUGGCGAUCACUCUCUCAGUUACGGUUAGAAGAAAACAUGAGAGCGUUACUAGAUCCAAUGUUUACUGAUUUUCUUCUGAGAAUAGGUGAUGGCAAAGAAAAUUCAGAUGACAAUGAUCUUGUAAGUAUACCCUCACAAAUGUUGGUUGAGAACAAUGAUAACAUCGAUGGUUUAAACGUCCUUAUUAAACAUGUCUAUCCAAAUUUAUCUGUAAAUUCAUUACACAACCCUUUGAACUUGAAUCGAGCAAUUCUAACUACAAAAAACAUUUUUGUUGAUGAAAUCAAUGAUAUUUUGAUAAAGAAAUUUCCAGGAGAAGAAGUAGAGUAUAAUAGUUUUGAUGAAACACUCGAUCCAAACGACCAAGCUCAUUAUGAGGAUCUUUUGCAUAGUUUGACUCCUAAUGGCAUGCCACCGCAUAAACUUAUUUUGAAGCAUAAAACCCCUAUCAUUCUUUUGAGAAACAUGAAUCCUACAGAGGGACUAUGUAAUGGCACCAGACUAUUUUGCAAAGAUUUUAACAGGAACCUGAUACGUGCAGAGAUAGCUUUUGGAGAUUUUGCUGGAAAUGAAGUUUUCAUUCACAGAAUCCCUUUGCAGCCAACAACUGGUGAUGAAUACACUAUACCAUUUAAGAGAAUUCAGUUUCCAAUCAGGCUAUGCUUUGCAAUGACUAUUAACAAAGCACAAGGGCAAACAUUAGAUUUUGUGGGCGUGUACCUGAAAGAACCUGUUUUUUCCCAUGGCCAGCUCUAUGUAGCCCUAUCCCGAUCCAAAAAAAUUGAAAAUGUGAAAGUCCUUAUCAAACAAAAUAAUUCUUCUACAGAGACAAUAAAAACAAAAAAUAUCGUUUAUACGGAAGUAUUGGAACAUGCCAAACACCUUCACAAGUAUGUAUCUAUUAAUAUAAUAUGGUAUCUAAUUUUCAUUCGUAAGAAAUUUUUAAUGUGCAUUACUGAUCUUUACCUUAUAAAUUGCAAAUGA